AUGUCGCUGCCAUUCUUUGCAUUUCCAAAAGUGCUUAGAAAAGAAAAACAAAAGAUCUUGGAGAAUAAAAGUAAGGAACUUUUGCUCAGUGAGGAAGACCAGAGAGCCAACAGAGAAUAUGGCAGAACAAUAAAAGACAUUCCAAAGUCAAUAUGGCUGCUAUUGAAGAACUCCAUCUAUCUCAUCACCUGCCUGGGUAUCUGCUGUGAGUUCUCUAUUGUUAGCGGCUUUGUUACCUUCCUGCCAAAAUAUUUUGAAACUCAGUUUGGAAGCUCAACCUCAGUAGCUAAUCUUUUUACUGGCGGUAUUGGUAUUCCUGGAGCUGUUGUUGGAAUAUUGAUUGGAGGCUGUAUAUUAAGACGAUUCCAACUUAAUCCAAAAGGUGCCAUCCAAAUGACCCUCAUUCUGGAUAUCCUUGCUCUUGGUGGAUACACAAUGCUCUUCUUUUUGGGAUGUGACAAUUUGAAGAUUGCUGGAGCCACAUUUCCUUACUUCAACAGCACGGGUCAUAAAAUUAUGGAAGCCAACCUUACCUCGGCCUGCAACUCUAAUUGUGAUUGUUCUCCAAACAACUUAGAACCAAUUUGUGGAAUCAAUGGUAUCACCUACUUUUCACCAUGUCAUGCUGGUUGUACAAACUUCUAUGUCAAUCAUAAUGAUGCUUAUUACAGAUCUACAAACUACAGUGGCUGUUCCUGCAUUUUAGAUGACCAUUUAACUAGUUCAGAAGUUGUUGUGCUGCCCCUAGCAACCAGUGGUACCUGCAAAACAACAUGCAAAAACUUGCUUCCUUUUCUUAUUCUUCUGGUUGUGAUGACAUUCUGUGUGGCUGGCACCCAAAUGCCUUUACUUAUGGUGACACUCAGAUCCGUAGCAGAGGAAGAAAGAGCCUUUGCUCUUGGAAUGCAGUUUGUCUUAUUACGUCUUUUUGCUUAUAUCCCAGCACCCAUCUUGUUUGGAAAUACAAUAGACACAGCUUGUCUCCUGUGGAGGAACCGAUGUGGAAACAAUGGGUCAUGUCUUGUCUAUGAUAUCGUACAAUUCAGGAACAAGUAUGUUGGUAUUUCUGCUGGCCUGAAAGUACUGGGUACCCUUUUAUUCUUCAUUGUGUGGUUAUUGAUACGAAGGAAAAUUCGACAUGACACAAAAGUAUCAAUGACAGUGCGUGAUUAUGUGGAUUCGGUUUGUUCCAUCAAUAAAUUAGGCAAGGAUUCAGAAAACCCACCCAACCCUGGCAAUGUGGUGCCUAAAGAAGAAGAAAAACUCCAAGAAACUGUUGCCAACAUGACAGCAACUAUCACAGAAUCAACCAAAUUAACAUCAAAUACCAAUCCCAAAAAGCAAACAGAAUAUGAACAAAAAUCCAGCGGAGAUCCGUCACAAAAUGCAGAAUCACAUGAAUCCCAUUUAUGA